AUGCGGCGCCACCUGCAGGAGGAGGAGGACACUGCACUGACAGCUCUCAGACAGGAGCAGGAGAGACAGAGUCACCUCCUCACGUCCCAGAGGACAUCACUCACGAAGAAACUGUCUCCUGUGAACGACAGAAUCCAACAGCUGGAGAAACUUCAGCAGACACCGACACGGGACUUUCUCCUGAUGCUCAGACCUCGAGCUGGUCCCUCUGGAUUUCCUCCACCCACAGGACAGAUGCAGGACCAGGCCGUAGCUCCUCUCCCCACAGGACUGAUGGUGGACCAGACCAUAGCUCCUCUCCCCACAGGACUGAUGGUGGACCAGACCAAAGUGCUAGGGAACCUGGACUUCCGAGUCUGGAGGAGAUUGAAGCUUGCAGUGCAGAACAAGCCCUUUUUCCUGGACCCAAACACAGCAAACCCAUGGCUUCGUCUCUCUGAGGACCUCAGUGGAGUGACAUAUGGAGACACUUAUCAGCACCAGCUUCCUGAGAUUCCAGAGAGGUUCAGUAAGUACCCCAUGGUCCUGGGCUCUGUCGGCUUCAGCUCGGGGACACACCAGUGGGACGUGAAGGUGGGAGAUCAUCCAGACUGGGUCAUCGGAGUCGCAAAAGAGUCGGUGGACAGGAAAGGAGAAAUAAGUGUUUCACCUGAAAAUGGAAUCUGGUGUUUAUUUCACAGAGAUGGUAAAUACACAAACGGCUCUGGUGAACUUCUAACAGUGAAGAAGAGUCCAGAGAAGAUCAGGGUCAGACUGGACUAUGGCAGAGGAACUGUGUCCUUCUACGACACUGACCCCAUGACCCUCCUGUACACACACACACACACCUUCACAGAGAAGAUGUUUCCUUACUUUAGCAUCGUAAAAAGUGAAGAAGCACAAACCAAAGAGAUCCGCAUCAGUGAGACUCCAUAUGAAGGGUGA